AUGGAUGAAGACGGUCGUCGAAGCCCGGAUACGGGCCAGGAUCACGGUCAUCAUGACCGCCGUGGUCAUCGCGGAUCCAAUUCCAAUCCCAAUGGCAAUGGCAAUGCGCGCCGUUCGCUCUAUCGCAUGAGCUCUAACCAGAGCAGAUCGAGCAUUUUCGAAGAUGUGGAAAUGGCGCACGAAGAGCUUUUCUCUGGACCUGUCGCCGAAAGUCUUCCCACCAGUGUAUCAGCGUUCUCUCACCGACGACCUCGCGCCGAUUCGACCGCCAGCUUUACAUACUUUGAUGACGAGAACCAAGGUUUCCCAGACGAUGACGAUGCCGAGAGUGUUGCCGUACAAAGCAUUGCUGGCGACUACAUCCGAAGAAGCGUCUCGGAUAUUGGAGACUUGGAAUUUGGGGUGGACGAUACCGAAGAAUUCGACGAAUCCCCGGAACGCGACUACCGCAUCUCCGAAGACGAUUAUGUUCUGCGCCGACACUCCUCAGUAUACUCUCGUCAUUCGGUGAAUGCACAUCUUUUGCGACGGGAUAGUACGGCUACUCAUGGUAGUUUCCGCCGCCACGGACGCACCAGCCAAAAGGUUUACCUGGCCAACGAGGAUCUCACAAUCGUCAUCGCAGGUUUUAAAACCAGCAAAAUCGGAUCCGCGAUAUACACCUCGCUGUGUAUCCUGACUUGCGGUCUCGCCUACCUUCUAUUCCGAUGGCUGCCUCGGUGGUAUGUUGGCCUUUUGGGACAAGCAACAGCUCUGGGGGAUUGUGAAUGGGUUGUCAUUGAAAAUCAGUGGGGAGAGCUCAUCACCAUGCCUGUUCGCUCUGAGCUCUAUGGUAGACCGCUAUCAUCAAUCUUUGGCUUGCCCGAAAAGCUCUACUCUGAUGCACUAGAUGAGGACGUUGACCCGAUUGUUGACGACCUUCGCACUCUGGACUAUCGCUACAUUCGACUAUGCUUUCAUCCGCUCAAGGACAAGUUUAUGCUCUUCAGUGGUUGGAAGGAUCCUAACUGGACCGAUGUAGGACUUACACGUGUUGGACUGGACACCGAUGAGAAGGGUGUUCGUGAAGUUGUCUUUGGCAGCAACCUCAUCGAUAUCGAGCAAAAGUCGACCGGACAGCUCUUAGUGGACGAGGUUCUCCACCCUUUCUACGUUUUUCAGAUUGCCAGUCUGUUCCUCUGGUCAAUGGACAGCUACUACUAUUAUGCAGUGGCUAUUUUCCUCAUGUCUGUUGGCAGUAUUGCUGCCACGCUUAUCGAAACCCGGUCUACUAUGAAGCGAUUGCGCGAGAUCUCACGAUUCGAAUGCGAUGUACGAGUACUUCGAAACGGCUUCUGGCGUUUCAUCAGCUCAAGUGAUCUGGUUCCUGGAGAUGUUUACGAACUCAGCGACCCCAGUUUGACUCAAUUGCCUAGCGAUAGUCUUUUACUCACUGGCGACUGUAUUGUGAACGAAAGCAUGCUCACCGGCGAGUCGGUUCCUGUUUCGAAGUUGCCAGCAACGGAUGAAACUCUGCGCACAAUGGACUUGGCUGCGUCAUCCGUAACUCCUGAGACUGCCCGGCAUUUCCUGUUCUGUGGUACCAAAAUCAUCCGCGCCCGAAGGCCCCAGGAGGACCAAGGGGACGAUGCCGUUGCGCUCGCCCUCGUUGUCCGGACUGGUUUUAAUACCACAAAAGGUUCUCUGGUACGAUCAAUGCUGUUCCCUAAGCCAUCUGGGUUUAAGUUCUACCGCGAUUCGUUCCGUUACAUCAGUGUCAUGGCUAUCGUUGCUGCUAUUGGUUUCCUCGCUUCGUUGGUAAAUUUCGUCAGACUCGGCCUUGCAUGGCACCUCAUCAUUGUUCGAGCCCUUGAUCUCAUCACCAUUGUUGUGCCUCCCGCUUUGCCUGCCACGCUGACCAUCGGAACCAACUUUGCUCUGAACCGGUUGAAGAAGAAGCAGAUCUUCUGUAUCAGCCCACAGCGAGUCAAUGUUGGUGGAAAGAUUGACAUCAUGUGUUUCGACAAGACAGGAACUUUGACAGAAGAAGGACUAGACGUUCUUGGUGUCCGUGUUGUUGACCGUGACUCCAACAAGUUCGGCGAGAUUGUUACCGAACCCCAGAUGUUGUUGGCCGAAGCUACACGACAGAACGCACAGGAUACCUAUCGGGCCGCACUGCACACUAUGGCCACCUGCCACUCUCUUCGAUCUGUUGACGAUGAGCUGGUUGGCGACCCGCUGGACCUCAAGAUGUUCGAGUUCACUCGCUGGACAUAUGAAGAGGGAAAGCAAAACACUUCUGAGGAAGACGAAGAACAAGGCGGUCUGGCGCCGUCUAUUGCGCGACCCCCUAACGGUACCAUUGAGCUUGGUGUACAGAAAACAUUUGAGUUUGUUUCCAAUCUUCGACGCGCUAGUGUAAUAGUUCGUCCUUUCAACCAAAAGAGUGGCGAUAUCUUUGUCAAGGGAGCCCCUGAGGCAAUGAAGGAAAUCUGUCGCCCCGAAAGCUUCCCUGAGGAUUAUGAUGAGUUAUUGUCAUGGUAUACUCAUAAGGGUUAUCGUGUCAUUGGUGUUGCUAGCCGUCAUCUCAAGAAGCUUAGCUGGGUCAAGGCUCAGAAGAUGACCCGAGCUGAAGUUGAGAGUGACCUCGAUUUUGUUGGUUUCAUCGUUUUUGAGAACAAGCUCAAGCCCACAACUGCAGCUGUUUUGGAAGAACUCUUGGCUUCCAACAUCGGCGCAGUCAUGGUGACGGGUGACAAUAUCUUGACAGCCAUUAGUGUCGCACGAGAAUGUGGUCUUAUGGAUCGAAAGGCACAUUGCUUCGUCCCACGAUUCAUUGAAGGCGAUUUCCGCGACGCGGAAGCCAGGAUUGAAUGGGAGAGUAUCGACAAUAGCCUGUAUCAUCUCAACGAAAGGACCUUGCUACCUUUACCACCACCUCCAGAGGCUGAUGCUUCGCUGCCAUUCGAUAUUGCCAACCUUCGUAACUACACCCUGGCUGUUAGUGGUGAUGUUUUCCGAUGGAUGGUUGAUUAUGGUUCGCCACAAGCACUUCAACGGAUGCUCAUCAACGGCAAAGUGUUUGCCAGAAUGUCUCCUGACGAGAAGCAUGAGUUGGUCGAGAAGUUGCAGAGCAUUGACUACACAUGUGGUUUCUGCGGUGAUGGUGCAAACGAUUGUGGUGCUCUCAAGGCCGCAGACGUCGGAAUUUCUCUGUCUGAAGCAGAGGCUUCUGUAGCAGCUCCCUUCACUUCUCGGGUUUUCGAUAUUCGUUGCGUAUUGGAAGUUAUCAAGGAGGGUCGAGCUGCUUUGACAACAAGUUUCAGUUGCUUCAAGUACAUGAGUCUGUACUCGGCAAUCCAGUUCACAUCGGUCACGUUUCUUUAUGCCCGAGCGUCUAACCUGGGAGACUUUCAGUUCCUUUUCAUUGACCUUGCUCUCAUUCUCCCUAUUGCCAUCUUCAUGGGCUGGGCUGGGCCGGCGCCUAGACUUUGCCGCAAGCGCCCGACCGCAGACUUGGUGUCACGCAAGGUCCUUACGCCUCUCUUGGGAUUCAUGCUUAUCUGCAUUGGUUUCCAGGCUGUGACUUAUAUCACUGUCAAGGAGCAGUCUUGGUACAUCCCUCCAGUGGUGCAUAAGGACGAGCCUAGCAUCGAAAACUCGCAAAACACCGCUCUCUUCCUGUUCUCUUGCUUCGAAUACAUCUUGUCAGGUAUCAUCCUGAACGCAGGACGCCCGUUCCGACAAAAAACCACGCAGAACUGGCCUUUCGCGGCGACAAUCUUCAUCGCACUCUUGAUCACUGUUUACAUGAUUUUGACACCUGCGAAGUGGGUUACAGAUCUAAUGCAGUUGACAGAGAUGAGCUGGGACUAUGAGCUAUUCUUAGUUGCGUUGGGUGCUGCCUAUUUUAUUGUUGCUUGGGCAUUUGAGCACUUCCUUGCCCUGAAGCUGGCUCGGCUUAUUGGGUCAAUCCAGCAAUCCGUGACAGGGAAGGGCAAGAAGCGGAAGGAGUACAAGGUGAUCGCGGAGGCAUCUCGGAUCUAA